UCAGAAGCAGAUGUACGUUCGUUUGCGGAAGAAAGCGUUGUUGACGGCACUCAGAUCGAGCGGUGGCGAAGACGAAGAUGGCAGGACACUGUCACGACUGACGGAAUGCAAUACUCCAACGCUAUUCGUAAGGACCUUUUUGAACCGUAUAAUCUAGGCUGUGAAUGCAAAGACAGUUGCGUUGACGUGCAAAACUGCGCCUGUCUGGCGCGCUCCCAGGGGCUAAAUUAUGAUCCAGUUUACGGUUUGAUGGUACAGUACGUGCCAGCACGACCACAAUACGACCGUCCCAUCUAUGAAUGCCACCAAUUCUGCUCCUGUCAAAAGGAUGCCUGUAAAAAUCGAGUGGUUCAUAAAAAUAAGAAAAACAGGGGCCCACUAACCGUUUUCAAUGCCGGCCCCAAAGAACGCGGCGUCCUCGCGUUGUCUCAUAUACGCCAAGGCGAAUUCGUCGGUGUUAUUAAGGGGACGUAUGUAGAUCCUGAUUUUGAAAACGUGUACGCACUGGCCGUUGAGCAACGGAUGAUGUGGAAUCAUGUCUACACAACGGUUGUCCGCGAGUAUGGCUUGCUGCCGCACGGCAGCCCCUAUAUUACUGCCAUUAAUGGAGCCGGUUUGGCCGAUGACAUUUACACCGACCUUCCGCCUACCAGCUGCAUCAACCACUCGUGUAGCCCGAAUUUAACAAUUAUACCCGUUCGAGGAUACAGGGAUCGGCCCCUCUUGGCGUUGUUUGCACUUCGUGGAAUCACACGUCACGAGGAACUUACCUACAGCUACUUUGAAAGGUCAUGCGAGAAGGCAAGAGUGACUGGCAAGUACUGUUUGUGCGAAUCCUGGAAUUGCAAACGUUAUCUCCCGUUUUGCGCCUAG